CAAGAGGUUUGGUAUGCUCAUGGUUUGUUAGCAUGGAUAAAAUUUAAGCGGCGCCCCUGUGAGGAAUAAAGCUAUACGACAAUAACGACUGCUAAACAUGUGACCAGAGCGUGUCAGACAGUUUUUCGCACCGCACUUUUCAGACCUGACAGGAAUAGUAAAAAGAACAGCAGCCAUCCACGAUUCCAUUCACCGGGCAUUAUUGUUCAGGGAACGCAAGAUGGACAUCAAUGACCAAGGCGCUCAAAUGGAGCCGCUACUGCAAACGGUGUCAACUCCUGGACGCAGAAGUGUGAGAAAUGAUGAAGAAGCUGUGGUGGACAGAGGUGGAACCCGGACCAUGUUGAAGACCAACUUCGAGAAGGAGGAACUAGAAGGUCACAGGACUCUAUACAUCGGGGUACAUGUACCCAUGGGGAGGAAGAGCCACCGGAGCCACCGGAGACAUCACGGACACCGACACAGGAAGAAGAGCAGAGAGCGGGACUCUGGAGUGGACGAUGGAAAGGAGUCUCCUUUAUACAACACGCCUUCCCAGAGAGUGCAGUUCCUUCUAGGCACAGAGGAUGACGACGAGGAGCACAUCCCCCAUGACCUGUUUACUGAGCUGGACGAGAUCUGCCUGAAAGAUGGUGACGAUGCCGAGUGGAGGGAGACAGCCAGGUGGCUGAAGUUUGAGGAGGAUGUGGAGGACGGAGGGGAGCGCUGGAGCAAGCCCUACGUGGCCACGCUGUCCCUGCACAGCCUGUUCGAACUGCGCAGCUGCAUUCUGAACGGCGUCGUGCUGCUGGACAUGAGGGCCAACUCCGUGGAGGAAGUAGCAGACAUGGUGUUGGACCAGCAGGAGACCAUAGGUCCACUGGGCGAUGUCUUGAGGAAGAAGGUGAAAGAAACCCUCCUCAAACAGCACCACCACCAGAACCAGAAGAAGCUGGCCAACCGCAUCCCCAUUGUUCGCUCCUUUGCUGACAUCGGCAGGAAGCAGUCUGAGCCCAACUCGUUGGAUAAGAACGGUCAGGUGGUUCCUACCCAGACCUCUCUGCCUGUCCCCAAUGAGGGUAAAGCUGAAGUAAGCAGAGAAAACAGUGCUGUGGACUUCAGUAAGAUUGACCUCCAUUUCAUGAAGAAGAUUCCCCCGGGUGCGGAAGCGUCCAAUGUGUUGGUUGGCGAGGCGGAUUUCCUAGAGAAGCCUGUGGUGGCAUUUGUUCGUUUAUCUCCUGCGGUCAUGCUUAAUGGCCUGGCUGAGGUCCCCAUCGUCACCAGGUUCUUGUUCAUUUUGCUGGGGCCUCUUGGAAAAGGGCCUCAGUACCAUGAGAUUGGCAGAUCCAUCGCAACGCUUAUGACAGAUGAGGUUUUUCAUGAUGUUGCAUACAAAGCAAAAGACCGCAAUGAUCUGAUUGCUGGAAUCGAUGAGUUCCUUGACCAGGUGACUGUCCUUCCCCCGGGAGAAUGGGACCCCUCCAUACGAAUAGAGCCCCCAAAGAAUGUACCGUCUCAGGAGAAGAGAAGGAGUGCCGCAUUGCUUGGAACAGACCUGGGUGAUGAAGAGGAGCAUGAGGGACAUGGUGGUCCUGAGCUGCAGCGGACUGGAAGAUUCUGUGGGGGUCUCUGGUUGGACAUCAAACGCAAGGCGCCCCACUACCUGUCUGACUACACAGACGCUAUCAGCCUGCAGUGCUUGGCUUCCUUCCUCUUCCUGUACUGUGCAUGCAUGUCGCCUGUCAUCACGUUUGGUGGUUUACUAGGAGAGGCAACAGAAGGACGCAUAAGUGCAAUUGAAUCUCUUUUCGGCGCCUCAAUGACAGGAAUAGCCUAUUCCCUGUUUGCUGGCCAGCCACUCACCAUAUUGGGCAGUACAGGGCCUGUGUUGGUGUUCGAGAAGAUUUUGUACAAAUUCUGCAAGGAGAACGGGUUAUCCUACCUCUCUCUGAGGACCUGUAUAGGGCUGUGGACAGCAUUCCUCUGUCUUCUCCUGGUGGCCACGGACGCCAGCUCCCUGGUCUGUUACAUCACACGCUUCACCGAGGAGGCCUUUGCUUCGCUCAUCUGCAUCAUCUUCAUCUACGAGGCCCUGGAGAAGCUCAUCCACCUGGGGGAGCACUACCCCAUCAACAUGAACAACAACCUUGACAAACUCACCCAGUACUCGUGUUCCUGUGUUGAGCCUCCGGAUCCCAGCAAUGCCACACUACAGUACUGGGAGCAGAAUAACGUUACUGCUUCUGAGAUCUACUGGGAGGCGCUGGAGGUCAAGGACUGCAUAGAGAAACGAGGGGAGUUUGUGGGCAGCGCCUGUGGCCCUCACGGACCAUACAUUCCAGAUGUUCUCUUCUGGUCUGUGGUCCUGUUCUUCUCUACCGUCUUCAUGUCGGCUUUCCUCAAAGAGUUCAAGUUCAGCCGCUACUUCCCUACCAAGUUGAGAGCUGUCAUCAGUGAUUUUGCAGUGUUCAUCACCAUUCUCACCAUGGUGCUGGUGGACUAUGCCUUAGGGGUACCAUCUCCAAAACUACAAGUCCCCAGUGUGUUCAAGCCGACUAGAGACGACCGCGGUUGGUUGAUCAGCCCGUUAGGUGGCAACCCUUGGUGGACCGCAAUUGCGGCAGUGGUCCCUGCUCUGCUCUGCACUAUCCUGAUCUUCAUGGACCAACAGAUCACCGCUGUCAUCAUCAACAGGAAAGAGCACAAGCUUAAGAAAGGCUGUGGGUACCAUCUGGACCUGUUUGUGGUGGGCGUCAUGCUGGGGGUGUGCUCCGUCAUGGGCCUGCCCUGGUUUGUGGCUGCCACUGUGCUCUCCAUCUCCCACGUCAACAGCCUAAAGCUGGAGUCUGAGUGCUCGGCCCCCGGGGAACAGGCCAAGUUCCUGGGCAUCCGCGAGCAGCGCUUCACCGGCCUCAUGAUCUUCCUCCUAAUGGGCUGCUCUGUCUUCAUGACCUCGGUGCUCAAGUACAUUCCCAUGCCUGUGUUGUAUGGAGUAUUUCUGUACAUGGGAGCAUCUUCCCUCAGAGGAAUCCAGUUCUUUGACCGUCUGAGACUGUUUGGGAUGCCAGCCAAGCACCAGCCUGACUUCAUCUACCUGAGACACGUUCCUCUGAGGAAGGUCCAUCUGUUCACCAUCAUCCAGCUCAGCUGCCUGGUUCUGCUCUGGGUCAUCAAGACCUCCAACUAUGCCAUCGUCUUUCCCAUGAUGGUGUUAGCCCUGGUGUUUAUUAGGAAGCUGAUGGAUUGCUUCUUCAGCAAGAGAGAGAUGAGCUGGCUGGACGAUCUCAUGCCGGAGAGUAAGAAGAAAAAACUGGAGGAUGCUGAAGAAGAAGAGGAGCAAAGCAUUUUGGGAGAGGAAGACGGAGUUGUGCAAGUGCCAUUAGAGGGAUAUCAAAAGGGUGAAUCAGCACUCAACAUCACUGAUGAAAUGUCGAAAGGCUCUUUUGGAAACAUGUGGAAUGUCAACUCUGACAAUUCUAGAAAAGAGCUAGACUCAAAAAGCUCCCUUAUAUCCACUUAGAUGCUGAAUCCUUCAAAGCUUAUCCAAGAGUGGAAGGAAACAAAGAGGAGGAAAAUGCAGAAGGGCUGCUUUGACAGGGAAUCUACUCUAUAACGUUUCCCUUCUUCACUGUGUUACAAACAACUCAAUAUUGUAUGCCAGAGUAUGAUAUUAUUUCAUGUUUAGUCUUGUAUAUCUAUGUAUUUAAAAGUGUAAAACAGUAUUUUUAGUUAAUGUGUCCAAAAAACAUCUUUGUCAAGAAAAAUAAAGAAAUGCAAACAUAUUUUUCUUUAAUUUUGUUUGUGUUUGUAAAUGUUAUUAAAAACCAGCGAAACAUUGGAGUGGUUAGUUUGACUCUAUGUAAAUGCAACAGAAUGUUUUUGUGGAGGAUUCAUACAAUUUUACAGCUGUGUUUGUUUGUUUUUAAAUGUAUGUGGAUUUUGUAUGUUUUUGUAUUUUUUCCGGUAUCAUAUCACAGAACCUGAUAAAUCAUCCAACUAGGUAAACUAUUGAAUGAAAAAGUUUGUACGAUACUGCUAUUGGCUGUAGUUUUUCUGUACUACUGAAUAUCAUUGCCGGUGUGUGAUAUACAUUUUAUGGCAAACUUUCCAGAGAGUGAAUUUACAAUUACACAUAGUCUACUAAACCAGAAUUCAUAAAUGAUGUUCAUAUUGCAUCUCAGAGCUUAACUUUGACACAGAUUUAAUAGAGCCUUAUGAACACAAAUACAUAUUUAGAAUGAAUUAAUAUGUAGGUAACGUGUACCGUAUGCAUGCAGCUUUAAUUCAUAUUUUUAAAUACUGCACACAGAAUCUGCUUGAAUUCUGUAAACUUGGAAUGUUGUUGAAUUGUUUUACUACUGGUAUGGAAAUUAAAAUGUUUGUAUUUAUUAUUUAUGGUUAUAAAUUGGUACAUAGUACAAAACUGCUUUUACCAUUUUGUUAGUUAAAAGACUUACUCAGAGGAGCAAUAUGUAGAAUGUUUUGAAUUGCAAUAUCAGAAAAUGUUUGUAAUACAUCUACAGUAACAGUAAAACAAUUAUUGUUGUUCACAGAAUUUAUUUACCCAAAGAAAUAAUUUUGGGUGAAUAAAAAUGCCAGGACCAGCUUCUGUUGCCAGAUGGAAAAGCUGCAGCCCUCCUUUUUUCCAUCCACAUCACUAAGAGACAUGAUGUCCUACCCAAGGGCAUUGACGAUCAAUGGCAGACUGGAGAAAGCAAAACCUGUAAUUUUCUUGUUACUACAAUUCUACACAGUUCACUCAGUUUCUGUAAAUGUGAGAAAACAAGCACCAAAAAGUGUAGAAAAUCAUUGUGCCAUCUAAAUCGCUAUGAAACAUCUUUUAAAAAGUCAUUUUUAUACUGCUUUUUAAUUUAGUCACUCAAAAGUGAAAGUAAAACACUAGCGUGAGUGGGAAGUGGGGGAUUUGAGAGAGUUGAUUUGAAUGCAAACUGUUGUUGCAAUUCAGCUAGCUUCCACAUGGAGAAUAAAUUAUUUGAUUGUAUGACAUUUAUUUAUUUAUUUUUGUCAUGGUGCCAUUUUGUGUGCCCCAAAAUGAUUGUCAAAUCAAUAACUAAAUAUGAAGCUAAAAUAAUACUCCAAAGUGUCUGAUAAAGGGGAACAUACAUUCCAUGGUUAACUGAAACAAUUGCAAUAGCACUUUUUCUAGAGAGGGAAAAUGUAUAGUAUAUACUCUUAUAUUGUUCUAAAGAUUAUAAUACUUCAGUAUAUAUUUUCUUUGUACUAUAACAACAAUGAAUAUGUUCAAAUAUAAUUUGCUAAGCCUAUUUUCAUCCAUUAUGACUGUUGCUUAAUCAGACUGCACAAUAUUUUAACAUCUCUUGUUGAAUAUUUCUACUCUACUCCUUCUUGUUAGAAGUUAUUACUUAGCUCUGAAUUAAUGUUCUUAAAUGGUCACUCAGUUUUGUUUGUGGCAGUUAUCUCUGAAGCAGUACAGUGUAAGGAAAUAGUAUUGUACUGCAAAGCGAUUUUCCUUGUUAUUGGUCAUUUCAACUGAAGUUAUGCUGCUUAUUAUGUAUCUUGUAUAUGUACAUAACUGUGAAAAUGUAAACUUCAAACUUAAUAAAUGUACUUGAACAUGC